GAAGGAACAGCUGCCUGUGUGUGAGACAGAGAGAGAGCAGGGAGGGCUCUGGCCACAUCUGUCUGAGGCUUAAGGAAGGAAGGCGAAGAGAAGAGAAAUGAGCUGAGUGAAGAUUAGGACUUAGGCUAUCUCCCCAGCGCCAACAGCAAGGACGUGGCUGGGAAGUCAGGGGGACUUAGAACAUUUGCCCCGUAGACCCAGGUCCCAGCAGAACCACAGAGUCUGAGAGACCUUCGGGGCCAGAAGAAACUCCUCUCUCCCAGCAUCCUUCUGGUAUCCCUGAGGCAUGGAGGAGCAGCUGGACUGGGCAGCCUAUGGCGAGAACCUGACGGGCGACUGUGAGUACGAGGAAUGGAGCCCGUCCCUGGUGCUCCUCCCCACCAUCUAUCUGCUGGUUUUCCUGCUGGGCACCAUAGGCAACGGCUUGGUGCUGUGGACCAUCUUCCGCGGAGGGCAGGAGAAGCGGCGCUCGGCCGACACCUUCAUUGCCAACCUGGCCAUGGCUGACCUGACCUUUGUAGUGACCCUGCCACUUUGGGCUGCCUACGCCUGGCUGGGAUACCAUUGGCCCUUCGGCUCCUUCACAUGUAAGCUCAGCAGCUACCUAAUCUUUGUCAACAUGCACGCCAGCGUCUUCUGCCUGAUGGGCCUCAGCAUUGAUCGCUACUUGGCCAUCGUGCGGCCCAUGGCUAAUGCCAAGCUGAGGUGGAGGGCCAGCGGGCUGGUGGCCACCAUUGUCCUCUGGACCUUGGCGGCCAUUUUGGCCUUGCCAGCCAUGAUCCUCCGGCAGGCAGCGGUGCUAUUGGGAGAAACCAAGGUGACAUGCUAUAUGGACUACUCAGGCGUGGUGGCCAAUGGGACUGAGGGGGCAUGGGAGGUGGGGCUGGGCCUGUCCUCCACCAUGCUGGGCUUCGUGGUCCCCUUUGUCGUCAUGCUGACCUGCUAUUUCUUCAUCGCCCGCACCAUCGCUGACCACUUCCGGAAGGAGCGCGGUGAGGAGCUGAGGAAGAGGAAGCGACUGCUGAGUAUUAUCAUCGUGCUGGUGGCCACCUUUGCCUUCUGUUGGCUACCCUACCACCUGGUGAAGACCAUCUACGUGCUGAUGGACCUGGAGGUGAUGCCCUGGUCCUGCGGCUUCCAUGCCUUCCUCAAUAACUUGCACCCCUACUGCACCUGUGUGGCCUACAUCAACAGCUGCCUCAACCCCUUCCUCUAUGCCUUCUUUGACCCUCGCUUCCGGCAGGCCUGUGCCGCUGUCCUGUGCUGCAGCCGGGGGCGCUGGCCGGGGUCCAGCAAGGACAAGUCAGCCAGCUACUCCUCCAGCCACAGUCAGAACCUGCAGGGAAAGGGUGGGGAGCUGCCACAGGAGAAACUGGGUCCAGGCAGGCAGGAAACUCUGCUCCGAGGCUAAGAGAAGGGGGAUGACAUGGACCCGCCUCUGGGGACAUCAGGUAGAGUGAGUCCUCCUCUGCUGUCACUCUGUCUUUCAUUGCUUCUCUCACUCCUUCUUUCAUACUUUCUUUUCUCUCUCCAUCACUGUCUCCCUCUUUCACCCUUCACCAUCUCUUCCAUUUCUCCUUCUCUUUCUCCAGCUCUCUCUUGGAAUUGCUUCUCCCUUGUCACAGGCCUUGUGCAGAUAAAGCAUUCCCAAGGCCUGUGGCUACCCUGCAGAAGCUCAGCUUAACCCUUCCAGGCACGGACUGUCCGCUAGGGGCAUGUCUACACUGCGGCUGGGAGAAGCCUCCCAGACCUACCCACCCAAGGAUGGAUCCCAGAGCUCUGGUAGGCUUGUGCCUGGGUGGCUACCCAGGCCGCCAUCCACUCGGCAAUGGCCACUCACCUAGCCUUGUCUGUCUCCCCAGCUGCAGUGUAGACAUAUCCUAAAGCAGCAGUUCUUAACCAGGGCUGCAGGUUUCAGGGGGUCCGCCAAGCAGGGCCAGCAUUAGACUCACUGGGGCCCAGGGCAGAAAGCCAAAGCCCCACUGGCCCGAGCCCUGCCAAUCGGGCCUCAAGAGCAGCUUAGCUUCGCAGGGCCCCCUGUGGCCUGAGGCCCUGCGCCAUUGCCCUGCUCGCUACCCCCUAAUGCAGAAAAACAGCUGCGGCACAUAUGGGCCGUGGAGUUUUUAUAGCACGUUAGGGGAGCCACAGAAAGAAAAAGGUUGAGAACCCCUGCGCUAAAGGGCUCAUGACCUGGAGGCAGACAGCCCCAGGGAUGAAGGGUUUCUGCAUUUCUGCAUUCCCGUCCCUUCCCGCCCCCCGCACACCGCCUUCCCUCGCAGGGCCAGCCCUGGUCACUGGCUGGGCAUUGGGGGUGUGGCGUUAGUUUUGUGGUGUUGGGGGCUGGAAGACCCCCCCCAAAUAACCAGCCCCUAAUGUACAUAGCCCGCCCUCCCGGCUCUAGAGUUAGCCUAAACUGCACAGUGUCUCAUGGCUGGAGGGAAAGGUUGGCUGCCUGAGACACUGGCUCCUGUCCCCCUGAUAAUUCACUCUACCCUUUGUCUGCUGUGGUGGGGUGAGGGGGAGGAGGAAGAGUCUGCAACCCCCACCCCCAUCCCCGCCCUCCUCCCCCUCUCUCUUAAUGCCUCGGUCAAUACCCAGACCCACAAGAUGUUGGAAGCAAUUCUUCCCCCAGCUGGGUGGGGCCAGUGGGGAUGCUGUUAACCGUGGGAUCGCCCCCUUUCCCCCAUACAUUGCCUUUACUGAGAGCCACCCUCACCCAGCCCCUCCUCCUUUACAUCACCCACCCACCCAGGAUCCCCUGCUGGGCUUGUUUCAUCUGGGGGUGAGUGUGGGCCCCAGAGCCACGCCAGGCUCUGUCUGUGUGUGUGUGGGGCGGAGGCGUAUGUGUCCCACUUCAGCCAUGAUGUGAGAGGAGGAGGAAAUCAUCUCACAAUGGAGGAAAAAGAGGGGAUGGGAGGCAGGAGGGUCCCCCCCCCCCCGAUUUUGAAAUCCAAGCUGCUGCUCCCUCAUGGUCCUGUGUUUAUUCACCUGCUCGCCUUCACCCACAUGGAAAAAAAGACUGUGAGGAGGUUAACAGGGGUCACGGCUCACAUGUCGCCUUCUUCCCUCUGCUCAGAUAGCCUUAGCCACAAUUCCAAAGCAGCUCAGAGGAUGAGCAUGCAGGGAACUGCCCUCCCAUAGCCUGUCUCCCGGAAGGAGGGGCUUUGGUUUGAUUGCGGGGGGGGGGCUAUAUAGAUAUAUAUUGCUCUUGCUUGUUAACCAAUCCCUGAUAAUAAUACUUGGCCCUUCUCAUCAGCAGAGUGCAAAGAGCUUCCCAAGAUAGGUUACUACCAGGUGGGGAAACUGAGGCACAGCUCAAGGACGUGUCUUUCCCAGAAUCACCUAACAGGCCAGACGCAGGAAUAGCACCCAGGUUGCCAGUGUCCCCAGGCACUGCUCUACUCACUGCCCAUGCCCUGAGUCCGAUGGACUAUGGGAGAAGCUGUGUAAGAAGAGCAUUGUGGGGAGCGAGGGGUGGGCAGUUUUGCUAUUCAGUCUGGGCUGUGGCAGGGGAGGGGCCAGUGGGUCACUGGCCACGUGUCCCUUUUCCGGGUGAGGGGCUGAAGGGCCAGGGAAGUGGACGGAAGGGCCAGGUCGGCUAGUGACCAAUGAUUGCCGAGGAGCAGGAGGUGGAACAGCAACAGGAAAGCUCCGAGGUUGUAGCCGCUCCCGUAGGAUGCUGUGGAUUUGUUGGGCCUCCCUACCCCCCCCCCCCCGCCGGCCUCUCAGGACCAUGCUAGAAUAAGGCCUGGGGCUGAGGUGCUGUGGCCGCAUCCCUCUUCAUCCAUAAGGGCUCUGGAGGGACUCUGGACAAAUAAGAGCAGUCCCUGACCUGAGCCAGUCCUUGGGGAGUGGUGAAGACUCUUGGCUCUCUACAGAUCCACUGAGACUGGAGAAGGUGUCCCAGGGACGGUGGGCAGCUCCAUUUGAACUAGAGCCUGGGUAAAAACAGGUCAUCCCCAGCCUUUUCUCCUUUGGGACACAGCUUCCACAGUUUGGAAGACCCCAGAGCACACAAGCAACCUGUAUUUCCAAGUGGACAUCUGGUGACAGAAGAGAGGCCACAAUCCCCUGGCGAGAUCUCCAGGCCAAAUAUUGUUCUGGGCUGACCUGGGAGCAGCCUCACAGCUUGUGGGGGCAUCUCUGGGAUUCUGAGCCCUGCAAGGGCUGCCCCAUCAGAACUCUGAACAAUGGGGUCCGGCUCGGACUAUGGGGUCACUGCUGAGAUGGGGCCACCUCUUGUCAUGCCGAUGCAAGGGGCAGUUGUUGUGUAUGAUGA